CGCCUCCCGCUUGCAAAACAAAGAGAAGCAGGAGGCGUGUGUGGCGCGCGAAGUGAGAUCGCUGGUCGGCCCCCAGACCCGGGUACCGCCAAACUUUGCGGGUGACGAUGGAGGGGAGUCCCGGGAGCGGCCCGCGCUGGGGGUCCAAUGGCCACCGGGCGCCUCAGGCCCUGGACGAGCUGCAGAGCCGUUUGCUGGAGACCCUGGGCGUGCUGUCCCCGCGGGAGCUGCGCAACUUCCGCGCCAUCCUCAAAACGGUGGACGAGGAGCCGCGGGUGAGCCAGCUGCAGCUGGAGUUGGAGGGCGACAGCGCGUCAGGGCUGGCGCAGCUCCUGGCCAAGCACUACUACCUGCCCGCCGCGCCUCGCGUGGUCACCAAGGUGCUGCAGCAGCUUCGCCGCGCGGACUUGCUGCAGCGCUGGGAGAGCGAUCCUGCAGCCGACCGAGCCGUGAUUCCAAGAAAAUGUCUAAAGAGAAGCUAUGACUGCAUGGAUGGUGACCUGGACUGCUACGACCUGAGUGGUGAGCGGAAAGCUUUCCUCAUGUGUGUGACGAAAAACAGGCCAGGCGCUGAGCAGGACAUCGUGCUGAUGGAGGAGUGGCUGGGCCAGUGCCAGUUUGAACAGACGUCCUGCAUAGAUCCUGACAAAAGGGAGUUACUUGGCCAAAUAACAUCAUUUCGUGAUGGUCUCAAUGAAAAGAAAGGUGAAAUUGGCUGUUGCCUUGUUACUCUUAUGUCCCAUGGAGAGAACGGCUUCAUUAAAAUGAAUAAUGGUGAAAGAAUCAGCUUGGAAGACAUUUUUGAAAUGUUUAACAAUAAAAAUUGUCCGGCACUUCAAGAAAAACCAAAAAUCUUUAUAAUCCAGGCCUGCAGAGGAGAGAAAAGAGAUACUGGUGUGGAAACGGAUGAUGAGCCCCUGGAUUUUGAUGACAUAUCUGAGAAGAAGAGGCUGCCUACAUUCAGCGACUAUUUUAUCAUCUAUCCCACCCAUCCAGAUCAUGUGGCUUUACGGCACUCCAGGACUGGCUCUGUGAUGAUUAAGGCGAUGGCUGACAUUUUUAAGAAAUAUGGAAAUAAAUGGCACAUUGUUGACUUUUUCACCAGAGUGAAUAACAGAGUGGUGCACUCAGAUUAUCAUAUGCGUGAGAAGACAAUUAAAGUAUCACUUGUAAUGGAAUCAACUUUGACUAAAUCUGUGUACUUCUGAGAUCAGGAAGGUUGAAAAUAUACGGACUGCUUGAUAACAGACUUUGUGAAGUGCCGGGAGGGUUUAUAGCCCACCACGGGUGAUCAUUUUUCAUUAUUUGUCACUAGUUGUAUUUCUCUAUUUUUUUUUG